AGUCACUGCCGGGACAUGGCGACUGCCGGCGCCGGGGCCUCGAGCUGAGCUGCCGCUGUCAACCGCCCCGAGCCAACGGCUAACGUCCCGCUGCUACUGCCGCCGCCGCCGCCGCCGCCGGCGUGCGUGCGUGGUGCGUACGUCGUGCGGGCCGCGAGCCUGCGAGGCCGGGCUGGGCCGGGCCUGGCCGCCGCCGCGGAAGAGCCGGGAGGAGCCAGGGAGCCCGCGACGAAGCGGAGCGAGUCAGUGCCGGCCACAUGGCGUCCAUCUUACUGAGGAGCUGCUGCGGACGCGGGGCCGCCCGCCUCGCCUGGCCCCACGCCGUUCCCACCGCUGCCGCCGUCAUCCCGAGGGGUAGUCUGGGAGACCGUGCUUGUCUUCGUUGUACAUCUCUGAGUUUGAUAAACCAUACGAAUAUUAAGUUUGGUUGUUGCACUUAUGUCCACCCUGUUUACAUUUCCUUCAAAAGUGAUCACUUAAACUGUUGGACUAAAAAACCAGAACAAGCAUAUAUGGUAAUAAGAUCUCCUAAAUUAUGGACGCCUCUUUCCGGUUUGCGCUCUCUGGAACCUCCACAUGUUUCUGUGCGGUGCUUGCAUUCUUCUUGUCCCCUUCAAGAUGACUCGGUAGUGGAAAAGUCCCUGAAGUCUAUUAAGGAUAAAAAUAAGAAGCUUGAAGAAGGUGGGCCUGUCUACAGCCCCACUGUAGAGGCACCUGUGAAGAAAUCACUUGUUCAAAAGGUUGUGGAUGAGUUGAAGCACUAUUAUCAUGGCUUCCGGUUGUUGUGGAUUGAUACUAAGAUUGCUGCACGGACACUGUGGCGAAUUCUCCAUGGUAGCACCUUAUCUCGGAGGGAGCGGAGACAGUUUCUUCGGAUAUGUGCUGAUCUUUUUCGCCUGGUCCCUUUCCUAGUCUUUAUUGUGGUCCCAUUCAUGGAGUUCCUGCUUCCGAUUGCUGUUAAGCUCUUCCCGAAUAUGUUACCAUCAACGUUUGAGACACAGUCCAUAAAGGAGGAGAGAUUGAAGAAAGAAUUGAGAGUAAAACUUGAAGUGGCUAAAUUUCUUCAAGACACAAUUGAGGAAAUGGCCUUAAAAAACAAAGCUGCUAAAGGAAAUGUUACAGAAGACUUCUCAAAAUUUUUUCAAAAGAUACGAGAGACUGGAGAGAGACCCACCAAUGAAGAAAUCUUGCGCUUCUCCAAACUGUUUGAGGAUGAGCUGACUCUGGACAACCUGACUAGACCACAGCUGGUGGCCCUCUGCAAACUGCUGGAGCUGCAGUCAAUCGGGACAAACAACUUUUUGCGAUUUCAGUUGAUCAUGAGACUACGGUCAAUGAAAGCAGAUGACAAGCUUAUUGCUGAGGAAGGAGUAGAUACUCUGAAUGUCAAGGAAUUACAAGCUGCUUGUCGGGCACGAGGUAUGAGGGCUUUGGGAGUCACUGAAGAACGUCUCAGGGAACAACUUAAACAGUGGUUAGACCUACAUCUGAACCAGGAAAUCCCUACUUCAUUACUUCUCCUGUCCAGAGCUAUGUAUCUGCCUGAUACCUUGUCACCAGCUGAUCAGCUCAAAACAACCUUACAGACCCUUCCAGAGAGUGCAGCCAAAGAAGCCAAAGUCAAAGUUGCUGAGGUUGAAGGUGAGAAAGUAGACAAUAAAGCUAAGCUGGAAGCCACUCUGUUGGAAGAAGCAGCCAUUAGACAAGAAAAUAAAGAGAAGGAGGAGCAGGAAAGGUUGACUGAAGCUGCUGAAAAGGCCAGAGAAGUUCUCCAGGAGGAAACAGCUGGAAAGAAAGAAGUUGAGUUGGGUCCAGAAGUUCUUCAGGAGGGAAGAACAAUCCCUGCAUCCCAAGAUCUGGAGCCGGAACUCACCAAGGUGCCAUUGAAAUCGGAGAUUCUGAUUGAUACUGCCCCAGUCUUAGAAGGCCUGAAGGGAGAAGAAAUAACCAAGGAAGAAAUUGACCUGCUUAGUGAUGCUUGCAGUAAACUGAAGGAACAAAAGAAGUCGUUAGCCAAAGAGAAAGAGGAGCUCAAGUUGCUGAAAGAUGAUGUUCAAGAAUAUGAAGAGGAUUUGCAAGAGAUCAAAAAGGAGCUUUCAAAGACUGGUCAAGAAGAGGUUAUAGAAGAAUCUAAAGCCAGCAAGCGAUUGUCCAAGAGGGUGAACCAGAUGAUUGGACAGAUAGGAAAAAUACUUCAUGAAUUAGAGAAAGAUCAAAAGGCAGAAGCAGGGAAAGUGGACAGCACUACUGUCAUUGCUACUGGAUUGGGUUUCCCCCUUAGGGAAAAUGUCAUCACCAUCAGUGAGCUCAUAAAUGUGAUGAAACAACUUGAGCAAAUUCCAGAGGGAAAGUUGAUGAAGUUGGCUACUGCUCUGGAUGAAAACAAGGACGGCAAGAUUAAUAUAGAUGAUGUUGCCAAGGUCAUCGAAAUGAUUGAUAAGGAAGAUAUCGACAUUUCCACGGGUCAGGUCACUGAGAUUGUGGCAUUGCUCCAAAAGGAAGAGAAGGUGGAAGAGAAGGAGAAGGCAAAAGAAAAGGCUGAGAAAGAAGCUGCAGAAGUGAAAAUUUAAGCCUCAGCCUGCAGUGCAGCUGGAGCUUUGGAGAGGCAGCUUGUGCACUGGGUGGCACAUGACAAAUGCCUCCUCCUCAUUUUUGAACCUCUGUGGUGGUGAGAAAUGGUGAUCUUGCUUUGAGGUGAUGCUAGUGGCAAAGCAGCUAUUUUUCUGGAAUAAAGCAGACACUUCCAUGAUCAAAUAAGUAAUUUUCUAUCAUUCCAUGAGGAUGAGAACAAUCUGGACCCUUCUCCCUUUUCUCUUCCCGUGAAAUCAUGUAUUGGUCCAUAUCCCUGUGGGGUCAUGAUUCCAUCAGCUACCUUAUCUACAAAAUAUGAACCAUGCCCACUGGUAAUGUAUGUGUACACUUACAGUUAGGCGUACCAAAAACUGCCAAGUAAAUGAUGGAUUUAUAAGGGGGGAAGGUGGGACAGAAAGUGUCUGGUCCCAUCUUUUCCUACUUUGGCAAAAACUUUUCAGGUGAUUUUUUUUUCCCUUGCAUUUAAAAUGAUACUUUCCUAGAGAUGAGUUAGAAUCACUGCUUUGUUUUCCCAGGUGAUGUCUUUCAAAUGUUUAAAAACAAAGCUAAAUUCAUUCAAAUUCCCACCCUCCAGCUGCGGGGGUAGGGCAGUGUUUCACUUAUUUCUUAUUGGGUCAGUUUUGAGGUUUGGGUUUCUUUUUGAAGCUGUUCGAGAUGAGUGAUUUUUUUUUUCCCUUUCCUGUUUUGGUUGUCCUAGCAGUCUUUAGAUUGGGCAGGUAUAUUUUGAGGGAUAUGUUCAUAUUCAUUUGAAUGAAAACUUGAUUUUUUAAAAAGGAGAUUUAAAUAAAUCUAUGAAUGUAUACCCCAGAAAUGUAAUUAAAAUCUAUCAGAAUAGACUUCCACCAGCAUAAAACUGUAACCAUUAAGAACAUUUUUUUCUUUAUGUUUGAACAGUAACGAUAUCAUCUGACCACUUAACAUUUUUUUUAUGCUUGUACAUUGUGUGUCAGGGAAUGAUUUCUUUUUGAGAGAUGGGGAGUGAUUUUCAUCCUAGUGAUGUUCUUGACCAGUUAACUGGCAGGUGUGUUCUCUUACACAUCCCUAGCCUUGCAUACCUAUUUUGAAUUAGCUUGUCCCUAGCUUUGCAUUCCUGUUUUAAAAUUAGCUUGUGUCAGUUAUACUUUGGAAAAAAACAAGUGAAGUAGGUGAAUGUUGGCAAUCUGAAUUUACUGUAUCAAAUCAUUUUAUUCUCUGAAAUGUUUGAUAUUUGAGUAAAUGAUGGCCUUUUUGUGGAUUUUUGAAUGAGUAGAUUUUCUCAGUUGUCCUUGUUUUCAAAUUUUAGCUUAAUAGACCAGGACACAUUUCAGUAUGUUUUAGUUGUUAUAAUAUUUCUCAUGAGUUUGGGGUUACCCUCUUUAAAACUAUUAUUUUUAUUAUUCAUACUUUUUAUCAGUUACCAUCCACCAAGCAUUUCCUAUUUCAGUAAUACUUAUGCUAUGCAAAAAAAUCUAAGCACUCCCCUUGGAUUGGUUAGUGUUCAAUUUUUAAUCUCAAACUCAUAUAUGAUUUCUUGGAUAAAACUUACAUAUUUAAAAUAAAUUAUUAGGAGAACUAAUGGUGCAAAGUUAAGUUUGUUGAUCACCACUUACAUGAUGGACCAUAGUAUUUUCUUAGAAAAUGUAUGCAUAGCAGCAAGUCAGAUGCUUAGUUUGCUGCCACUGGGUGUUUUUUCUUUUGUUGAGGAUUUUUUAAAAGUUAUUUUUAGAAUCAUUUAUCAUUAGUAGUGAAAUAUUAGAUGUCUUGAGAAUGACUGAAGCUAUAACUUUGUAAAUUUUGUGUAUUUGGCAGAUGAUAAAGAAUUAUAGAAUAUGUUCUUUGAAAUACUUGUACUGUAUUUUGAAACUGGGCAUUUUCAAACUGCUGGUAAAGGGUGAGUUAUAGCUCCCUUGAUAAAGUUAGGUGGUCUGGUUGUUUGAUUUGGCUAUAUUUCAUAUAAACUUGCCAUCCAGUACUGAAAGCAAGAGUAGUUUUUAAAAUCCAUAUUAAAACAAAACUUCAGAACAGUGUUUUUUUUGUGUGUGUUAAAAUACGAGUUGGAAAACUUACUAUUUUUUCCACAUUUAUAUCACCCCCAAAGCAGCUUUUAUUUAAUAAUAAUAGCCGUGCCAAAUUUUUAAUCGGCCCAUAAUUAUGGUAUUUGGAUGGUGUAUAUUUUGAGCAAAAAUCUUAACCCUCAAUGGGAUGGCUUUCAUAUGUCAUCUAAAUAUAGGAGUAUUUUUAUUAUUAGUAUUAGUAUUAUUAGUACUCCUAUAGACAGGAAUAAAAUAACUCCUGUAGCUAAAUAUAGACAGUGAGGAAAGAGAAAUCGACGAACGGGCUCUAAAUUGCUUUCAGUGUUUUACUUAGCGGUUACAUGGCAGCUUAAAAGCAGUUAAUAGGAUUGUAUGUUCUACAAGGGACAUUUUGGUGAGAGAAUAGUUGCAUUCAAAAGUUUUCUUUUUUCUUAUCUGAAGUGGCAAGGUUGGAUACUUUAAUAUUUAUGAAUCAUUUUAGAUUAGCAAUCAGAUUUUCAAUGGUAAAAGACUGUACUACCUUAUGAUUGCCAAAUAUAUCAUCAUUCAACUUGGAGUUUUCAUUUGUGAAACAUAGAUUUCAUUUAUGUGGGACAUAGAUUAAAAUUAGUGAGUGAAAUCCACAGAUGUUGGCUUAAUAUUACUCAUAUAUCAGGAAAGGGCUUCUUUGGCUGACCAUCCCUUAGGCAUUUUGUUUGUGAUUAGAGAAGAAGCAGGCAAAAUGACUAAACUUUAUGGGGCUGUGGCACAGUAGGCCGUGAAGGCUCUCACUUGGAAUUCAAGUGACUUUUUAAAAAAGCAGAAUUUAAAGGGAGAUGAGCCUGUUAAUUGCAAAUUGAAUCUAAAUACCCCACAGUUGAUUAAUUUUGAUUGGAAAAACUGCUAUCUCUGUAAGAGGUAGGUAACUUUAAAACUUCUUUGCUACAGUCUUUAUCUUUUGUACCUUGACCUUAAAUACCUUUCCUAAUUCCUCAUUGGACAAAAGGGGCCAUGGGAGAGAAGCAGGGCGGACUAGGUUCUAUAGAAGGAACCAUAGACCGUAAAGCCUUAAGGAUAUAUUGAUAGUUGUCUAAGCAAGGCCCUCAUUUUACAGAUGAAGAAACAGAAGGCCCAGAAAAGGGGAGGAAGUGAUCUGCCUAAGUCCACAAGCCUGUCGGUAGAGCUGAGACAAGAACCUAGGUCUCAUCUUCCACUACCAGUUACAAUUCCCUUUCCUUCCUUCUUCCUUCUCUUCCUUCUUUUUAUGCCUCCUGGUAUUUUACAAAUUUGACCAUUGGAUUCACAUUUGCAACUACCUGUCUAUCGCUUUGUUAGAGCAUCAGAGAUUUAGGAAAAACUCUUUGAGCUCACUAAAAGUAUCUCAUCCAUAUUUUACCUUGCCCUGUGUCAAGCAUUACUCCAUUUUCGUAUGUGCACUGGCUGUUGGACUCCAGUUUAUAGAUCUCAUCACUCUAAUAUGAGAAGGUGAGUGAUGGACUUGGAACCAGACAGUAGAUUAGACGGGUCUUUAGCCUGCCAUGAGUGCAAUAGCAACAGAUCUUUUUUUUUUCCAAAGUUAAGAUCCUGGGGUUUUAAAAAUGUAUAAAAAUGUCAGGUUUUUCGUGUGCAUAUGUGUGUUGGGCGGGGAACGAUAUUGAAUUUUAUUAAUUGCUGCUUAAAUAAAUCACCAGGCACAAUUCAGAGAUAUGGUGGAUCCAAGAAUACAAAGUUUUUGUGAUGAGAUAACAAAAGGGAUGAAUUAUGAUAUGAACAUUAGGAUUUUAUGACUGUUAAAAAGGAAGUGAGUGUCACACGUUUUCAUUGUCAGAAUCUAUCAUGUUUUCAGGAAUUUGUACAAACUUUUCAAGCUUGCACAAAGCUGAGAUAGGUUUCUAAGGAAUGGGUGUUUAAGCAGAUAUAAGAUAUGUACCUUUCCUUCCCCUCCUUGUUUAAUCAAUGUUUAUAGGAAUUUUAAAAAUUGGCAUGGUUCCAAGUGCCAUUUUGAACAGUCCCAACUCCAGAUGCUGCUUUUGAGAUGUGACAGUUACCUGGCUAUUUUUUAAAAAUAGUCCAUAGGUAAAUGUAAGCAUUUGAGGACAGUUUUUUAAAAUUAAUAAGCAUAUUUAUGUUAAUGUAUCAACUCAAAAUGACAGGCUUCUGAACUUUAAUCCAGUAAAAGAAACUAUAUCAAAGUGAUUUAAAAUGUCUGCCUUCAUGGUUCAGAGCGUGUGUGUGUGUGUGUGUGUGUGUGUGUGUGUGUGUGUGUGUGUGUGUGUGUUUCAAAGUGGAAAUAAGUUAUCUUAAGUGCUGAAACAAGUAAACUGGCCUUGAGGUUUGAGACUUUUUAAAAACUAUCUCUGUGUGAGGGAAUGAGUUUGUUGGAUUAAGGACAUACUUACAGCCUUAACUACAUUUCCAGUGCCUAGCACAGUGCUCUGCAUACAAUAGGCACUCAGUAAAUGUUUAUCAAAUUGAAUUUCUUGGCUUUUGUCAUUAAGACAACCAUUUUUAUUUAGUAUGUAUGAGUGACUUAUUUCUCACAAGCAUGACUAAAAUCAAAGUAAAUAGAGCCCUGGACUUUUGAAAUUCCUUCCUCUAAUAAACCUAAUUAACUUCAGAGUUCAGAGACCUUUGGAUCCACCAUUAUCUUACUGAUAGAAAUGCACUGAUAAUGUAAAACAUAAUUUAAGUGAUACAAUGUCAUACAUUUUUACUGUGUAUUUUAAAGAAAUAUCAAUAGUCCAGUUUCUUUGUAUGACUUUCAGAAGAAACAUGCUCAUAUGUUUUCUGGACACAUUAAAUUUGAUGUAAGGAAAAAGUAUAUAUAAUAAAGGGAUGUCAAUUACU